AUGAAGAUUACCUUUUGUUGUCACAACCGGAGAUGCAGGAGCCAGUCGCAGUUCCAGUUGAAGUGCCAGCCACUGAGCCUGAACAGUACGAGCCCGUCCAGACCUACGAAGCAACCCGUUGAGGAUGCACCUCAGCAAGUGGCCGUGUUCUUUAGCGCACCCGCUCAACAGGUGGUGUCCGCACCGGCCGUCGAUUACCUACCGCCGUCAGCUGAGACGGACGACUCCAUAGACGUUGACAUCAGACAGGAGACGACUCCCAUCGACUACCAAGACGUUGCCGCCGUGCCGGACCCCGUCCCAGCCCAACCGGAAUACUACGGUGAAAGCCAAGUCGUCGAUGAGCCGGCCUACGGUUCACGUAUCACACAACGCUUGCCCGAAGAAACUCAGCCUACUCCGUACAGACCCUCGCCGGAAGAAGAAGAGGAACCACGCCAACCCGCCUACGUCUACGCAGUUGCUGAACCGGAGCAGCCGUCCUUUGUCCAACAGCCGUUUGUUCCGUCUCCAGUUUCCACGAUCGAUGCUGUUCUGUGGGGACCCCAGGAGGAGGAUCAACAGGUAUUGCAGGAAUACGUUCCAGUCCGCCAGGAACAGGAAGUUUCGGCCGAGGAAGCUCAAGUGCCGUACGAGGAAGAGGCUCCCAUUCAAGAUGGAAGCCUUUUGCUCUCGGUCGAACAGGAACUUGGCCAGGAGCCAGAAUAUCAGGAGCCAAUCCGCCAGGUCGAGCCGGAAUACGUGCAGCCCGUUUACCAAGAGCCUGUCCAGGUUCAACCCCAACAACCCGUCGAGAUUUUUCAGGUGGAGCAGGAGGAGCCAGAGGAGCCAACCGUUCAGAUCCAGCAGGAGGAGCAGUACAUCGAGCCCGUCCAGAUUCAACAGCAACCCGAGCAAACGUACCAGGUCUCUCAAGAAUAUCUACCACCUUUCCAGGUUUACCAGCAACAACCCGAGCCUGAGAUCCAGCGGGAACAAGUCGCAGUCCAACCACAAUACGAGCCCGUCAAAGUUGUCCAGCAACAACCUGAAGUAGCACCCGAAAUCGUCCAAGAAUACGUGGCACCUGUCCAGGUUGUCGAGACUAUCCAGCCCGAGGUGUUUGAGGAGGUUCAGCAGGAAUACGUCGAGCCCGUUCAGGUUGCCCAACAACCCGAACAGACGUACCAAAUCGAACAGGAAUACAUCGAACCCGUUCAGAUUCCCGAGCAGCCCCUUGUGAUCCCGGAAGAACGGCAACAAUCGUACCAGGUAGAACAGGAGAUCGAGAAAGAGCUCGUUCAGGUCCAGGAAGAGCCGGAGCAAUCAUACCAAGUGGAACAGGAGAUUGAGAAACAAGCCAGCCCGACGUAUCAGGAGCCAUUGGAACAGCAGUUCAAUUUCCAGCAGACGAUCGCAGAUUUCGCCAAGAAACAGACGGUUGACAAUUUGUCCAGCAGUCCAGUCCUAUCGGCCAACAAACAAGCAGGUAGAGGUCGACCCAUCCGACCACGCCCAAUCAUCUUCCAGAGGACGGAAGAAGAUUUGUUCCAGCAAGGUUUCCCUGAGGUGGCCGCACCGGAAGGUGACGAUGUGCCGUUGGAUGAGCAAGCAGCCAUCCGCGAGGCUAUCUUUGAGCUCAAAAAAGAAAGUCGAACUGGUUAAGGAAUUAAACCUUUCUUUCCUUAUUCGCAACUCUUCUCUCCUUUAUUAUCUGUCUCUUUUACAGCUCAAUCAAACAGUUAGUGGCAUUGAUUCGGUCACACCCUCCCCCCCCACUAAACGGGUUGUGCCCAUAUGUUGAAUUGUUUUGCAAUACCGUUCGAAAACGAACCACAACAAGAACUCAAUCGCCUUUGACUCAAAUGGUUCCCCCGAUUCACGUCAGUGUAAAACAAAAACACCAGGAUUCUUUUUUGUUUUGUUUUUUUUUUUAAUUUCUCCCAUCAAAACAUUUCUCGUUUUCCCCAUUUGUUUACGCACACGCAUGCGCACUGAACAAGAUUUUUCUUGUUUUUGCGCAUUAAUAAGGAGUUUGAAGACGUACUCGCCUGGUGCACGUAUCGUCUGCCCAGCAUCACCCGGCCGUGCUUCUUUUGUACAUAAAAAAAAAACAAAAAAAACAAUUCUCUUUCUUUUCUUUUAAUAGCUUCUUUUUUUUUUACCCAAAGUCCACACAUUUCCAUUGCAAAAUUGUGUUCCCGGACGUCACCUCUUAUCUCUUAUUUUUUUUUUUGUUUUCUUGCCUUGUUUUCUUUCCGGCCAAGAAAAACAUGACAUCUUUUAUCAUUUUUUGUUUAAAAUCCAUGUAUGAUUGUAUGAUGUUUUUCCUUCCUUCUUGAAUAAUUCCCCACUUUUUUUUUGAAUUUUAACAUGACCUGUUUUUUUUUUUUUUUAUUCGCACGGGAUAUUAUUAUGGUUUGCCCGGUCGAAACCAAUUCUUGUUCUUGUUGGUUAUCGUUUGGUUAUCCUUUUUUUUUUAGUUAUUAUUGUUUUGUAGAAUGACAUGGGAAAUUUUAGUUAAAAGAAACGAGGAAGAAGCCAAACUAGAGGAUGAUAAAUCGGCAACUUUUUGAUUUUGGAUUUUCUUUUUAAAUUUGAAAGGCGCGUGAUCCGCCAUUUGGAAUAGGCCAAGAUCAACUAACUCACGUAACCGUAAAAAAAAAAAUUAAAAUAACCAACAAAAACCGACAAAAAAAUAAACAGCAAACCAGAGAUGAUGUGUAUGUGGUAGUCAAUGUUGCUCAACCAAGUUUGGCUAUCGUAUCGUAGAUUUUCCGUCUCGAAAUCUUGACGUACCCUUCGAAAAUUCAUACCGUCCCCCCCUUUUAUUUCCCCUCACUGAUUUGUUUCUUUGUUACAAUAACUCCCCUUUUCCUUUUUUUCGUAAUGUUUAAUCUAUCUCCGAUAUGCUGUAUCUUCCCAUCCUUCCACCUUUCACGUGGAUAUACUCCCCUUUUUUUUUUUCAUUGACUACAAUAAAUAUAUGCGGAUCGUCCGUUUUUCUCGAUGUCGAA